UUUUGUCAUUCCUCAUCAGUAGAACACAGAAGUGAUGUCAAUUUUUUGAGAAAAAACGCAAUUAAUCUAUAGAUUUUAUAAGAAAAAUAAAUUUGUUUUAAUUGUUCUACAAAAAUUUAAAAUCAAAAGUAAAAAAAGGGAUAUAAAUAAAAAUUUUAAUUUGUGUAUAUACAAGUAUAGAUGAAAAGAGAAAGUGGCUUUUAUAAAAAGUAUUGUUAGAAGUACAAUUAGCUACUCUAGGUGGUAUACGCUGUAUGAUACAUGUCAAUCAACUGGCUGGUUGAGAGCUGCAUUAUACAAUAACAGGUAUUUGGUGUAUUUUUUUAAUAUGCAAUGCUUCAAGAGCCAAACAGUGUCUCCUAAUGCAUCGGGUUUAAGUCAAAACAUUAAAGAAAAUCUCAAUAAUAAUGAUAAAGUUAGCAAUAUUAAUAAGACUACAGAUGUGGCAGAUGCUGUGGAGCCUCAAUGUAAUGGGCAUUUAAAGGAGAUGCCAAAUUUAUUAAUGUUGAAGGAUAAUAAAGAUGCAGAAACACCCUCAUGUUCUCAGGCACAGACUCCCUCAGCACCUCUACCACCACCUACACCACCAUCACCCCCACCAAAUAUGAGGCCACAAUAUUGUGAACUUUUGUUAGCCUGUCAGGAGCAGGCAUUAUUUUUUAAAGAUGAUAUUUCCGAGCGAGGCCAGCGUUUGCAUGCCGCCUUAGUGGCCUGGCAGGAUUUCAUUAUACUCUCUGAUGACUUGGUACAACAAAUAGAGGCCUUUGCUUAUAAAUACGAUUUCGACGAACAUACACCCGGCAAUGGCUAUCGCAGUUUUAUAUCGGUUAAUAACUCUUGCAUAGAAUAUGGUUUGGGUAUAUGUAAAAAUCUAUUGGCUUCCCGUUCCACCAUGUUUUUCCGCAAAAAGUCCUAUAUGAAAGAAGUAGAAGCCUGUUCCCAACUGUUGUCUUCGCUGUGUACAUGCAUGAAACAUUUGCUAAUUUUACAUGACUGGUCCAAAGACUCGGGUGAUUUAUUUGCCUGUGGCAAACACUCUGCCGAAGAGCUGUUCGAAAUGGGUGAAACCAUUAAUCAGUAUUGUUUUUAUGGUCGCUGUUUGGGCUUUCAGUAUGGCGAUUCUAUACGUGGCGUGCUGCGUUUUAUAUCCAUUAGCAUGGCUGGCUUUUCGGAAACGUUUUAUGCCCAAGAUCAUGAUGGAGCUUUGUUAAAGACGACACGCAGUGUUUGGACUAGUGGCAAAUAUUUAUUGAAUCCGGAGUUAAGGGCUCGUCGCAUAGUAAAUUUGUCGCAAAAUGCCAAAAUAGAUUUUUGUAAAUCAUUUUGGUUUCUAUCCGAAUCGGAACUAAUGCAUAAAAUACCCAGUAUAGUGGGUAGUUCCAUAAAAAUCAAUCAGAUUAUUGAAAUACCUGCAGAACCGUUGCAAUUGAAGAAAAUUAACCAUAAUAAAUAUGAUGAUAAAGAAGAUGCCACAGAGGAAUUUAUAGAUAUACCAGUGCCCAACAGCCACUUGGGUCCAGGUCUCUCCAUACAAGUGCGUUUACUCAGCUAUCAUCGCCGAGAAGGCAUGGUGGGUUUGGGUUCUCGAGGCUAUAGAGGCUGGCGUAAAUUGCCCGCCCGUAGUCCCUGUAUAUUGUUCCACUGUCAUGGUGGUGGUUUUGUGGCCCAAUCAUCGAAAUCUCACGAAUUGUAUCUUAGAGACUGGGCCGUGGCCUUGGAUUGUCCUAUACUCUCGGUGGACUAUAGUCUGGCACCAGAGGCACCCUUUCCCAGGGCCAUUGAAGAGGUGUUUUAUGCCUACUGUUGGAUGCUGAAGAAUUUCUCUUAUUUGGGCACCACCGCGGAACGCAUCGUAUUGGCUGGCGAUUCAGCUGGAGCAAAUCUUAGCAUAGCUUUAAGUCUCAAGUGCAUCGAGCAGGGUGUGCGCAUACCAGACGGUUUAUUUUUGGCCUACUGUCCCACUCUAAUAUCGUUUGUACCCAGCCCGGCUCGACUGUUGUGUCUUAUGGAUCCCCUUUUACCAUUUGGCUUUAUGAUGCGUUGUCUUCGUGCUUAUGCCGCACCUAGUCCUGAGGUUUUAACCGAAAACUCUAAGAGUGAGGAGUUGAUAAAGGAAAUACGUAAGGCUUCCGAGCAGGAACCUCAUUACAAGUUAAAUUUAGAUCAUCAUGAGAGUAACAUGUCCUCAAGACGUACCUCAGUGGCUAAAAGUCCCUUGUCAUCGGCGGCCGAAAAUUCAAAAUGGGAACAGAUUAAGUGUAACAGCAAUGAUCAACUGGAGGGCAGCACUAAACCCCCAUAUGGCAUUGAAAUGGCUGAGGAAGAAACCGAAGAAAGUUCAGAAAAUACUUUUGCCAGUGCCUCCUAUCACAGUCAAACUGUUGAACACACAGAUUUACCAUCCAUCGAGGAUGAUGACAAUAGUUCUUGUCUCUCAUUCGAAGAUGAUUCUCAACCCAUAGAACACUAUCCGGUUGUAGCACAUAAAAACUCCGAUUCAGAGCAAUAUAUAGAUCGUUUUUUGGACUCCUACAUUGUGGAUGGCUCCACAGAAGAGGCUAAAGAGGCGGAUGAUGCGGCCAACGGAGUUAGCGGUGAAGUUGGUGCUGAAGACGAUUUGAAAACUAUGCCAGCUAAAACUUUAUCCGAAGAAAAUCUCUUUGUGGACGCCAGUAAAGAGGCUUUAGCUUUAGAAACUAUACAAGGAAAAUUUAACAAUGCCGUUAACAGUAUUUCGAAUACCCUUAAUCGUUACACCCAGUCGUACGAGAUUAAAAGCGAUGGUGUAACAACGCAAAAACCUUUGCAGGACUUACGCAAUAUGGAUGCGCUGAUUGCACGCAGCCCAAGCGCUGAGUUUGCUUUUCAAAUACCCAAAGAUCCAUUUUUAUCGCCCUACUAUGCCAGUGACGAGUGGCUGAAACAAAUGCCGAAUACUAAGAUAUUGACUUUAGAAAUGGAUCCUUGCCUAGAUGAUUGUGUAAUGUUUGCCAAAAAAUUAAAAAGACUUAAUAGACCAGUUACUUUGGAUAUUUUGAAGGGAUUGCCUCAUGGUUUCUUAAAUUUUACAAUGCUCUCCAACGAAGCCAUGGAAGGCUCAAAGCUUUGUAUAAACUUAUUAAAACAAUUAUUGGAAAUAGAGACAAACCCCUCAAAAAUCUCAACCACCACCAACACCACAACAGCAGUCUCUAAUGGUUCUGCUAAAGAGGCUUCUACCGGUGACCCAGCAAAAGAUGUUAAAAAAUAACUUAGUGUUGCACGAUUUUCUGUUUUUUUUUUUUUUAAUAUUAAUUUAUUUUCAAAAUUAUAUAUUAACGAAAACGAAACUUAUACGCAGUAAACAAUUUUAAAUACACGCGCUUUACGUAAUUUUUAAACACUCACACAAAUUUAUAAUAAAUUUAAAAUAAUAUUUAUACAAAUUUAAAGUGUUAAACACCAAAAUUAAAAAAAAGAAAGAAAUUUAUUUGUAUUCGAAACGAUUUUAUAAACAGAAAUAUAGGUAUUUUGCAUAAACAAAAAAUAAAAUGCUCAAAUAUUAUUUUAUAUUUUUUUUGGCAAUUAAUUUUUUUUUAUAAUAUUGGCUAUUUUUUUAUUUGUUAUUUAUUUUUUUUGUUAUUAACUUUAGUUUAAGGGCUUUUUUUGAUGUUACAAUUUUGAAUACACAUAUUUUUGUUUGUUGUUCAAAUUCAAUAUUGAAUUUUAUAUGUAUUUAUUUAUUUUUAUAUGUGUUCUUAUACAUUUUUUCUAUGCAUUAUAAAAAUUAUAUAGUAUUUAUAAAUUAUACAAAUAAAUUAUAAUAUUAACAAAACAUAAAUACACAA